GCAUCCCCGAGCCCCUGGCAGCCCCGCCGCCCGGAGCGAGCGCCGCCUCCGAGGGUCGCCGGGCGCCGGAGCCAUGACCCUCCGCCGACUCAGGAAGCUGCAGCAGAAAGAGGAGGCGGCGGCCGCCCCGGACCCCGCCGCUCGGGCUCCCGACUUGGCAGUCGCUCCCUCCACUCCAGCCCCGACCCCGGCCUCGGGCCCCCGUGCUGCAGCCGCCAGCUCUGGGGCCCCCGGAGACGAGCUGUACGCGGCGCUGGAGGACUAUCACCCGGCCGAGCUGUACCGCGCGCUCGCCGUGUCCGGGGGCACUCUGCCCCGCCGAAAGGGCUCAGGACUCCGCUGGAAGAAUCUCGGCCAGAGUCCUGAACGGCAGCGGAAAGUGCUAACUUUGGAGAAGGAGGAGAACCAGACCUUUGGCUUUGAGAUCCAGACUUACGGCCUUCACCACCGGGAGGAGCAGCGCGUGGAAAUGGUGACUUUUGUCUGCCGGGUUCAUGAGUCCAGCCCUGCCCAGCUGGCUGGGCUCACACCAGGGGACACCAUCGCCAGUGUCAAUGGCCUGAACGUGGAAGGCAUCCGGCAUCGAGAGAUCGUUGACAUCAUUAAGGCGUCUGGUAACAUCCUCAGGCUGGAAACUCUGUAUGGGACGUCCAUUCGGAAGGCCGAACUGGAGGCCCGUCUGCAGUACCUGAAGCAAACCCUGUACGAGAAGUGGGGAGAAUACAGGUCCCUAAUGGUGCAAGAACAGCGUCUGGUGCAUGGCCUGGUGGUGAAGGACCCGAGCAUUUACGACACGUUGGAGUCGGUGCGCUCCUGCCUGUACGGGGCCGGCCUGCUCCCGGGCUCGCUGCCCUUCGGGCCCCUGCUGGCCGCGCCCGGGGGUCCCCGCGGGGCCGCCCGGCGGCCCGGGGGCGACACGGACGACGCCGUCUACCACACGUGCUUCUUCGGGGGCGCGGAGCCGCCCGCGCCGCCCGAGCGGUUGAGUCCAGGGAUGAACUUGAGCAGCCGCCGGCGGAAGCUGCGGUACUUGGCUUUGCGCAGGCCGGGGCGGGGGAGGGCGGGGAAGGGGACUGGCUGGACCAGAUUUGGGAUGGCUAAUCGCAAACCAGCCUCCUACAGACUUCGGGACCCCUCUUCUGCCUCAUCCCGGGGCGCCCCCAUCCUCGCGAGGGCGUCUAUUUGCAUACACCAGAUCCGAAGGAAGCAAACGCCCAAUGGCCGAUUUGCAUGCAAUCGUGCUAUUGGUUGGAAGGGCCGCAAGGUAGCCAAUGGUUUGCGGCGGAGUUUACCCCGCGGCCGCUCCGCGCCGCCGGGUGAUGUAAUGGAAGCCUGGCUGGAGCGCCGCGGGCUCCCUCCCGUCCGCUUCGUGACGUAG